AUGGCAAAAGUCGACGAUUUCAACGACAGACAAACACAAAUCGAUGCCGAGAACGAGCUAUACCAUCAAUAUGAGUAUCAGACCGAGGGCAACGGGUCAUGGGCCGGAGCUCUACCCGUGAAGCAAGGACUUUACGAUCCGAGCCUCGAAAAGGAUGCUUGCGGUGUGGGUUUUGCAUGCCACAUUAAGGGCAAAGCCAGCCACAAGAUCGUUAGCGAUGCACGGAACCUCCUUUGUAACAUGACCCAUCGGGGAGCGGUGGGAUCCGAUGCGCGGGAUGGAGACGGAGCUGGUGUGAUGACCUCGAUCCCCCACAAGUUCUUCAUCAAGAAUUUCGAGCGCGAAACGGAUGUCAAGCUUCCUCCCUUGGGUCAAUAUGCAGUGGGCAAUCUAUUCUUCAAACCAGACGAGGAGACUUUGCAGGAGUCGAAGAGGCAGUUGGAAGAUAUCGCAGAUUCACUAGGGUUGAGGGUGUUGGGCUGGCGUGAGCCUCCUAAAGAUUCUACUCUUCUUGGUCCAGCUGCUGCUUCCCGUGAGCCUACUAUUUUGCAGCCAUUUGUUGUGCUCAGAUCUACAUAUGGUGAUGGCAACGCGCCAGAGACUACAGACCCCGAGUUGUUUGAUGAGAAACACUUCGAAAGACAGCUUUACGUGCUGCGAAAGACUGCGACCCAUACCAUUGGUCUCCACAAUUGGUUCUACCUAUGCUCCCUGUCAAACAAGAACAUUGUCUAUAAGGGCCAGCUCGCUCCCGUACAGGUUUAUCAGUACUACUAUGAUCUGGUAAAUGCUGAUUACGAAGCCCAUUUUGCCCUUGUGCAUUCCCGUUUCUCGACAAACACGUUUCCUUCUUGGGAUCGUGCCCAGCCAUUACGAUGGGCCGCUCACAAUGGUGAAAUAAAUACCCUGCGAGGUAACAAGAACUGGAUGCGGGCCCGUGAGGGUGUUAUGCAGUCCGAUAUCUUCGGUGACGAGCUGGAAAAGCUAUAUCCAAUUGUGGAAGAUGGCGGCUCUGACUCCGCCGCUUUCGAUAACGUCCUUGAGCUGCUGACCGUAAAUGGUGUUUUGUCUCUUCCCGAAGCAGUUAUGCUUAUGGUACCCGAAGCCUGGCAAGACAACCCUGCCAUGGAUCCGGCCAAGGCCGCCUUCUACGAGUGGGCUGCUUGUCAAAUGGAGCCAUGGGAUGGCCCUGCCCUUUUCACCUUCGCCGAUGGGAGAUACUGCGGCGCAAACCUUGACAGAAAUGGUCUUCGGCCGUGCAGAUACUAUGUCAUGGAUGAUGAUAGAAUCAUUUGUGCCUCCGAGGUUGGAACUAUUCAAGUCGAUCCUGAGCGUGUUGUUCUCAAAGGUCGCCUGCAGCCAGGAAAGAUGCUGCUGGUCGACACUCUAGCAGGCCGAAUUAUCGAUGACUCUGAGUUGAAGAAUAAGGUCUCCAACCGCCAGGACUUCAAAGCCUGGCUUGAUCAGGAGCUCCUCAGCUUGCCUAAGAUCUACCAGGAGAUCGCAAGCAAUACGUCCCUCGAUCUAGCCGCCAAGCCCGAUUCGUCCCCAAUCCAGGAGGACCCCAUGCUGAGGGCAUUCGGAUAUACGUUUGAGCAAGUCAGCCUACUCCUUGCCCCCAUGGCCACUGACGAAAAGGAGGCACUUGGAUCUAUGGGUAAUGACGCCCCGUUGGCCUGUCUCGCACAAGCCCCGCGCCUGCUUUAUGAAUACUUCCGACAACUCUUUGCCCAGGUCACGAAUCCUCCCAUUGAUCCGAUCCGAGAAGCCAUAGUCAUGUCACUGGAAUGUUAUGUAGGGCCUCAGGGAAAUCUACUCGAAAUGGAUAUAUCGCAGUGUGGCAGACUCCUACUACCAACCCCUGUUCUGUCCAUUCCAGAAUUCAAUGGCUUGAAGAACAUCCAUGAGAUCUACCCUACUUGGACUGUCAAGGUGAUUGACUUGACUUUCCCGAAAUCUGCCGGCGUCCAGGGCUACCUUGAUCAUUUGGACUAUAUUUGCGACCAGGCCACCGCAGCCAUCGAGAACAAAGACCGCAUCAUCAUUCUCUCUGACCGUGCUACAUCCGCCGACCGUGUUCCUGUUUCUGCUCUUCUUGCCUCCGGCAUGGUCCACCACCAUCUAGUUAACAACAAAUGGCGAUCACUUGCUGCGUUGGUAGUUGAAACGGCUGAGGCACGUGAAGUUCAUCACAUGUGUGUUUUACUUGGAUAUGGUGUAGAUGCCAUCAACCCCUAUCUCGCGAUGGAAUGUAUCUUGAAGUUGAACCGCGAGGGCUUGGUUAGGAAGAAACUCAGCGACGAUACGCUCAUCCGCAACUAUAAAUACUCUGCCGACGGCGGUAUUUUGAAAGUUAUGAGCAAGAUGGGCAUUUCCACACUGGCAAGCUACAAGGGUGCCCAGAUUUUCGAGGCUCUUGGUAUUGACGAUACCGUUGUGGACCGCUGUUUUAAGGGUACUGCUACCAGAAUCAAGGGUAUUACCUUCGAGCUCAUUGCAGAAGACGCUUUCCGAUUUCACGAAAAGGGGUUCCCAUCUCGGUACACUGUUCGUGUCCCCGGUCUAGGUGAAUCUGGCGAAUAUCAUUGGCGUGAUGGUGGAGAGCCACAUAUCAAUGAUCCUACCUCAAUUGCCAACAUCCAGGAUGCGGUCCGAACUAAGAACGACAAGUCUUAUGAGGCGUACUCGCUGGCUGAAUAUGAGCAGAUUAAAUCCUGUACCCUUCGAGGUCUACUCGACUUCAAGUUCGAUGAAUGCACACCUGUUCCAAUCGACCAAGUUGAGCCAUGGACUGAGAUCGUCCGAAGAUUCUGCACCGGUGCCAUGUCUUAUGGUUCUAUUUCGAUGGAGUCACAUUCAACCUUAGCCAUUGCCAUGAAUCGUCUUGGGGGUAAAUCCAAUACUGGUGAAGGAGGCGAAGAUCCAGAGCGGUCCGAAAGAAUGGCAAACGGCGACACUAUGCGAUCCGCCAUCAAACAGGUUGCUUCAGGACGAUUUGGUGUUACUUCCAAUUACCUAGCUGAUUCAGAUGAGAUUCAGAUCAAGAUGGCUCAAGGUGCUAAGCCCGGAGAAGGUGGUGAACUUCCUGGCCACAAGGUCUCGAAGUCGAUUGCUAGAACCCGUCACUCUACCCCUGGUGUCGGCCUCAUAUCGCCACCACCCCACCACGACAUUUACUCGAUCGAAGAUCUCAAGCAACUAAUCUACGAUCUCAAGUGCUCCAAUCCCCGCGCAAGAGUAUCUGUCAAGCUUGUUUCCGAGACUGGAGUUGGUAUCGUUGCCUCCGGUGUAGCGAAGGCAAAGGCCGAUCAUAUCCUGAUUUCUGGUCACGAUGGUGGAACUGGUGCUUCUCGAUGGACUGGUAUUAAAUACGCUGGUCUGCCAUGGGAGCUUGGUCUUGCUGAAACCCAUCAAACAUUGGUCCUGAACGAUUUACGUGGACGAGUUGUUGUACAGACCGAUGGCCAGCUCCGGACUGGCAGAGAUGUGGCAAUUGCUUGUUUGCUUGGUGCUGAGGAAUGGGGCUUUGCUACGACACCACUUAUUGCGAUGGGCUGUAUCAUGAUGAGAAAGUGCCAUCUCAAUACAUGCCCUGUUGGCAUUGCAACCCAGGAUCCUGAGCUCAGAAAGAAGUUCAUGGGCACUCCUGAACAUGUCAUCAACUUCUUCUACUACAUUGCAAACGAGCUGCGAGCGAUUAUGGCCGAGCUUGGCUUUAGAACUAUCAAUGAGAUGGUUGGCCAUGCCGAAUGUCUCAAAGUUCGCGAGGACCUCCGCACCAACAAGACUGCAAACAUUGACUUGUCGUUGAUCCUCACACCCGCCCACAAGCUGAGACCCGGUGUUGCCACUUUCAACGUCCGAAAGCAAGAUCACCGUCUCUACGUUAGAUUGGACAACAAGCUUAUUUCAGAGGCUGAAUUGACUCUUGACAAGGGACUGCCAUCACGGAUUGAGUGCGAUAUUGUCAAUACUGAUCGUGCCAUGGGAACAUCUCUUUCCUAUCAAAUAUCUAAGCGAUAUGGAGAGGAAGGCUUGCCAAUGGAUACCGUUCAUGUCAACAUCAAGGGUUCCGCGGGACAGUCCUUCGGUGCCUUCCUUGCCGCCGGCGUCACCCUGGAGCUAGAGGGAGAUGCUAAUGAUUACGUUGGAAAGGGCUUGUCUGGAGGUCGGCUGAUCAUAUAUCCACCCCGAGCCGCCGUGUUCAAGGCAGAAGACAAUGUUAUCAUCGGCAACGUAUGCUUGUACGGUGCUACCACAGGAACCUGUUUCUUCCGUGGAGUGGCUGCUGAGCGAUUCGCCGUUCGAAACUCGGGUGCCACGGCUGUCGUCGAAGGUGUCGGUGACCAUGGAUGCGAGUAUAUGACCGGAGGCCGCGUUCUCAUUCUUGGAAGCACUGGCCGCAAUUUUGCCGCUGGUAUGUCCGGAGGCAUUGCCUACAUUCUCGAUAUCGACCAAGACUUCUUAUCGAAGCUCAACACCGAAAUGGUUGAAGCAUCAGCUAUUGAUGAUCCUACUGAAAUUGCCUUCGUCCGCGGCUUGAUAGAGGAUCAUCACCAUUAUACCGGCUCUGAACUUGCAGCUCGCAUUCUCCUCGACUUCAACCGGGCACUCCCUCGCUUUGUCAAGGUCCUUCCUGUUGAUUACAAGAGAGUUCUCGAGGAAGAGGCCGCCAAGGCAGCCGAUGCCAAGCGUGCUGAGUUUAGUCUUCCUCUCCUCCCCGGCAACCCUGAAAAUGUCAAGAAAGAGAAGAAGUCGCACAAAUCCGACCUUCAAGACAUUGAAGAAUCUGUAGGUGAUGACGCAGUCGAGAAGAAGCGAUCCACUGUUUUGGAUAAGACUAGAGGCUUCAUCAAGUACCAACGUCGGUCCGAGAAAUAUCGCUCUGCAAAGGCUCGAACCCGGGAUUGGGCGGAACUCUCAAGUCGCCUUGACGAGGACGAGCUCAAGUACCAGGCCGCACGUUGUAUGGACUGCGGUGUGCCUUUCUGCCAGUCUGAUAGCGGUUGCCCAAUCUCUAACAUCAUUCCCAAGUGGAAUGAGCUUGUUUUCCAGGACCAGUGGAGGGAUGCCCUUAACCGCUUGAUCAUGACGAACAACUUCCCAGAGUUUACGGGACGUGUCUGCCCAGCUCCUUGUGAGGGUGCAUGCGUCCUCGGUAUCAAUGAAGAUCCCGUCGGCAUUAAGUCUAUUGAAUGCGCAAUCAUUGACCGGGGUUUCGAUAUGGGAUGGAUGAUUCCAACUCCCCCCCAAGUCCGAACUGGAAAGACCGUUGCUAUCAUCGGAUCCGGACCGGCAGGCCUAGCUUGCGCUGACCAACUGAACAAAGCAGGACACCAAGUCACUGUGUAUGAGCGUGCUGACCGUGCUGGUGGUCUUCUCAUGUAUGGAAUUCCCAACAUGAAGCUCGACAAGAAAAUCGUCAAGCGCCGCACGGAUUUUAUGGCCGACGAGGGAGUGGUCUUCAAGACUAAUGUUGCUGUGGGACAGGAUAUUACCCUCAUGGACCUUAAGGCUGAAAAUGAUGCAGUUGUCAUUGCUACCGGUGCUACUGUAGCUCGUGAUCUCCCAAUCAAGAACCGGAGUCUCGAGGGCAUCCACUUCGCUAUGGAAUUUUUGCACAGGAACACAAAAUCCCUGCUUGAUUCCGAACUGAAAGACGGCAAAUAUCUUUCAGCCCAGGGCAAGAACGUUAUUGUCAUCGGUGGCGGUGAUACUGGAAACGAUUGUAUCGGGACUUCGGUUCGUCACGGUGCUAUCUCUGUCACUAACUUUGAGUUGCUUCCACAGCCACCAAAUGAGCGAGCUCGCGAUAACCCAUGGCCUCAGUGGCCCAGAAUCUAUCGUGUAGACUAUGGCCACACUGAGGUCAAGCAGCACAUGGGAAAGGAUCCUCGUGAGUACUGUGUCAUGUCUGAGGAAUUUGUCGGUGAUGAGGACGGACACGUCAAGGGCAUUAACACCAUCCGUGUCGAGUGGACAAAGUCUGCAACCGGCGGCUGGGAUAUGAAGAAGAUUGAAGAUUCUCAGCAAUUCUUCCCGGCUGAUCUUGUUCUCCUGUCCAUGGGUUUCCUGGGUCCCGAGGAGCGCGUUCUCGGCGAUGAAAUUGAGAAAGAUCCUCGGAAGAAUAUCAAGACGCCUCCUGGGAAAUACAGCACGAACGUUGAAGGUGUUUUCGCCGCUGGGGAUUGCCGUCGUGGCCAGUCUCUUAUCGUUUGGGGCAUCAAUGAAGGCCGACAGGCAGCUCGCGAGGUUGAUCUUUAUCUUGAAGGUUCUACUAGUCUUCCGGUCACCGGCGGCAUUGUCAAGCGCACUGCUCAGGAGAUUCUUAACAGUCGUCCAAACCAAGAGGUCCUUGGACGUGGUCGUGGGCGUGCUGAACAGGUCCCUCUCCAGCAGGUAGCCGCUUCUGCUAACUGA